GCUGUAAAACGAGUCAACAAAAGAUUUGCAAAUAUAACUGUUGUUUAUAAAUCCUUUGUUUGCGGACCAUAUAAACAACCAGAACCCAACCAGAGGAAGACCAGUCGCAAUGAGUCAUAUCGAGUAAAAACAUCGCAGUGUGCGGCAGGUUUUCAGUCAAAAUGGCUUCAAGAAACAAGCCCGGAUCUAAAAAUGACGACCCCACCGUUGAGUCAUUGGCUGAGGUCUUCAGAUGCUUCAUUUGCAUGGAAAAACUCAGGGAUGCUCACUUGUGCCCUCAUUGCUCCAAACUUUGCUGCUAUGUGUGCAUCAGGAGGUGGUUGACUGAACAACGGUCGCAGUGCCCACAUUGUCGGGCUUCCUUGCACCUUCAUGAGCUGGUCAAUUGCAGAUGGGUUGAGGAGGUUACUCAGCAGUUGGACACUUUGCAGGCUGUCAGCUUGAAUGGGAGCAGGACUGAUGAGAAUGACAGGGACAAGUGCAUUUCUCAUCUAGAGAAACUGUCAGUGUACUGUUGGACAUGUCGUUGCUGCAUCUGCCAUCAAUGUGCUUUGUGGGGUGGCACCCACUCUGGCCACACAUUCAAACCUCUGGAUGAAGUGUAUGAGCAACAUGUCAGUCAGAUUAAGGAUGAAGUGGCCCAAUUAAGGAGAAGACUUAUGGAAUUGAUCAGUAUUGUACAGGAAGUUGAAAGGAAUGUUGAGUCUGUGAGGUCAGCAAAGGACGAACGUGUUCGCGAGAUUAGAAACGCAGUGGAAUUGAUGAUUGCCAGACUGGAUUCACAACUAAAGACUAAAUUACUAACACUGAUGGGUCAGAAGGAUUCUCUGACACAGGAAACUGAACAAUUAGAACAUCUCCUUCAUGAGAUUGAGCAUCAGAUGCAUACUUGUACUCGCUCAGAACUGAUUUCAAAGAGUAGCGAAUUGUCAAGGAUGAUUCACGCAAUCCGUAAGAAGCCAAUGACCAGUUUCGUAACUGCGCCAGUUCCUGCAGAUUUUCAUAGCGAAAUAGUCCCGGCGUACAACAGCAGCACGUUUGUGAUGCACUGUUUCUCCCAACUUCAAAGAAAGGCGGACCCCGUUUAUUCCACUCCCAUGCACUGCAAUGGCCUUUGUUGGCGACUGAAGGUCUAUCCCGACGGCAACGGCGUUGUCCGAGGAAACUACUUGUCCGUGUUUCUGGAACUGAGUGCCGGAUAUCCGGAAACAUCAAAGUACGAGUACCGCGUUGAGAUGAUACACCAAGCGAGCAGGGACUCGUCCAAGAACAUCGUAAGGGAGUUUGCGUCCGACUUCGAGGUGGGCGAAUGUUGGGGCUACAACAGGUUCUUCCGGUUGGACCUGCUCGCCAGCGAGGGAUACUUGAAUGUGGCGUUGGACACCCUAGUACUCAGGUUCCAAGUACGCGCCCCUACGUUUUACCAGCGCUGCCGCGAUCAACAGUGGUACAUAAACCAGCUGCAGACUGUCCAAAACCAAUACAUUUCCCAAAUUAACGAGUCGAAGGAAAGACUGGCGGCGGAGAUAUCACGGAACGCGGUCGCCGCCACUUUGGGCAACGGUCAGUCGUUGGAUAUGGGAGGGGUGGCGUUGGUGAAGAGUCUCUACAAUAUGACGCUCUCUAAUACUGAUGCAGGGGACCAAGCGGCGGCUUCUAGUUCGCAAAGAAACUUGCCGGAGAAAGGUUACUCCGUUUCUGGAGACUUGAACUUGUGUAACAAAAGUUUGCUGUCUCUAAAGAGUGCGACGCUGGAGGCCCAAAAAUCGCAGGACUGCGCCUGCAGUUCCUCAACGUCACAGUCAGAUGCGGCAAGUACGACUUCGUUGGCAUCAAUGCAGCCGUCGCCGUUGAAGAAAGCUUCAGAGGAGACCAACAAUUUAAACAGAAGUCAGGAUACUCCAAGGCCCAUGCUCGGUCUUGGUGUGUCUAUGAGCUCACCAAACUUGUUCAACAUGUCCUGGGCCUUGAGCAACAGCAGCAGUGAGAGUGAAAUGAGCGAGCCUGAGAAUGACUUUGAGCCAGAAGCUGCUAAUUUGACUCACGCAGGUGGUGAAAUCUCCAACGACGAAAACGAUGUUGACUUGGAGACAAUGUCUGGAGAGAACGACGUGGAGUAUGCAGAGUUCUCGAUGGCCCAACGUUUAAUGCUGCGCGAGUCCAGUCCUGGUUUGAACACGCAAGGCGCCACCGCUUUGCCGAGAACAUUCGAGGAGAGGCUCAAGCAAUUGAAGUUUCAUCCUAACCAGUUCGGAAACUCCGUAUUCUCCAACGUACCCAUUAAAGACGUUGCCGAAUCACAUGUGCCAAAGUCUGAAGACGCCAGCGCCGUCUCUCUAGAAAACAAAAAGAAACUCAAGCAUCGUUUUAAGGGAACAACAGAUCAAGUUACGCCCAGUACCUCAAGCACUGCUGGUGGGUGGUCUGAAACUGUGCCAUUGAGCCAAAAUACAAAAGAAUCUGUGAUGGGGCCAUUGGAGUCAUUCUUAAGGUCUAUAAACUGUUAUCCGGAACAUGACCAGAAUCGCAAAAAGGAUUGUCCUAAAGAUAAGCGCAGAUCUUCGCAGAGUCAGUCUACCACUCAAACUUCACCCGUUUUUGCGCUACCCUUGCUACAACCUUCAUCACCUCCUCCAUUGAGCGACAACAUCGACAGCGUACAACCGUCUUCGUCUACAGGUUUCAGUUGGACUCCGUCUCUGUUGAGCCAAAGACGGCCUGGUAAGUCUCCUAAGGGGAUGCAGAGUGAGAGUGCUAAGCCUGAGAAAGAUGCCAAGGGUGGAAGGUUAGACUCACAGCCUAAUUCCGCAUAAUUUGUCAAGCUAUUCAUGAUAAUCUCUAAGUGUUAUAUAAGAUCCAAAUUAGAAUAUUAGUGAAUUAACAGUAAUUCUAAUGAAAUUUAAUGCUUUCAAUGGGAAAAGUUUCUUAUUUAUUUAAUUAGUUUAGUUUUGAGUACUUAAUUAUUUUAUAUUAUAUUUAAAGACUAAGAUGACA